AUGGAUGAAUUAGAAUGGGAAAAUCAAACCACCAUAACAGAAUUUCUUCUUCUUGGAUUUGGGGAUUUCCAUGAAUUGCAGAUUCUUCUUUUCUUUCCUUUCUUAGUCAUCUACGUUUUGACCAUGACUGGGAAUAUCCUCAUCAUUGUCCUAGUUUUGACUGAUCAGCAUCUCCACACUCCCAUGUACCUAUUUUUGGCAAACUUGUCUUGUUUGGAGAUCUGCUAUACUUCAACCAUUCUGCCCAGAAUGCUGGCUAGUUUCUUGACUGGGAACAGAACAGUCCCUGUUCAUGGUUGCAUUGUGCAGUUUUGGGUAUUUGGCUCUCUAGCAGCAUCAGAAUGCUACCUCCUCUCAGCAAUGUCCUUUGAUCGCUAUGUUGCAAUAUGCAAACCCCUGCAUUACACAGCCAUUAUGAAGACUAAAGUAUGCCUCCAGCUUGUGGCUGCAUCUUGGGUUUGUGGUUUUGUAGAAAAUGCCAUCCUGAUCUUGUUUGUGUUUGACUUGACUUUCUGUGGUCACAAUGAAAUAGACCACUUCUUUUGUGAUUUUAUCCCUAUAAUGCAGCUGUCCUGCACUGACACUCAUAAAGCACAGCUUGCACUGACCUUCCUAGCAUCCUUUUGCACAUUUCCAGCAUUUAUUUUAACUAUAGCAUCAUAUGUUUAUAUUAUAAAUGCCAUUAUAAGAAUUCCCUCAGUGAGGGGUAGGCAAAAAGCUUUCUCCACUUGCUCUUCUCACCUUGUUGUGGUGUCCAUUUUCUAUGGAACAAUCAUCAUUGUUUAUGUACUACCCAAAACAGAAAUACUGAAGAACCUGAACAAAAUGUUUUCUGUUUUUUACACUGUUCUUACACCAUUAGUAAAUCCACUUAUAUAUAGCCUAAGAAAUAAAGAGGUGAAAGAGGCGUGGAAAAGAUGUGUCAUGAAAUGUAAGAGUAAUAGAAAUAUAAUGUGA